GGACGCCAGCGUAACGUUCCCACCGUUUUUUUUCUCCUCCCUCUCAUCUCCUCCGCGUAGCCGUUGAAAAAACCAAAAAAAAAAACAAGGGCAUCCAUCGGCGUCUUCAUCUCCCUCACAUCCCGUCAGCGGCUCGGAGACGCAGCGCUGACAUUUGUCCGGCCGCUGCUGCAGAGUAUCCCUGCGUGUGUGUGCGUGUGUGUGUGUGUGUGCGUGUGUCCUUCUCCAGCUGGAGGGGUUUUUUUGUGGGUUUGUUUUCGGCCAGCGGGGGACUGUCGAGUCGUGUCGUGUCGUGUCGUGUCGAGCCGAGCCGAGCCGAGCCGAGCGUGAGAGGCGGAUGCUGCGAGUGGCGAGGCUGGGUACCAACCAGGAGCAUCGCCGCACUCACCACGAUGGACAGAAUGAGUUUUCUCUCCUUUCUCCUCCUUUGCUUGACUUCGGUUGCCACUGGCAACAAAGCCAAUAAGCACAAGCCAUGGAUCGAGACAGAGUACCAGGGGAUUGUCAUGGAGAACGACAACACCGUGCUGCUCAAUCCCCCGCUCUUCGCCCUGGACAAAGAUGCUCCUCUUCACUACGCUGGUGAAAUCUGCGGCUUCCGGGUUCACAAUGGCCCCUCUGGUUCUGGGUCUGUCCAGUUCGAGGCGGUGGUCCUGGACCGCUCCACUGGCGAGGGCCUGGUCCGGUCCAAGGAGCCGCUGGACUGCGAGAGCCAGCGGGAGCACAGCUUCACCAUCCAGGCGUACGACUGCGGGGAGGGACCCGACGGAGUCAAUAGCAAGAAAUCUCACAAGGCCACCGUGCAUGUUCGUGUUAACGACGUCAAUGAGUUCUCCCCUGUGUUUGUCGAGCGUCGCUACGAGGCGUCCGUCCCAGAGGGGCGUCUGUUUGACCGAAUUGUGCGCGUGGAGGCUCUGGACGCCGACUGCUCCCCGCAGUACAGCCAGAUUUGCUUCUAUGACAUCAUCACUCCCAAUGUGCCCUUCGCUAUUGACAACGACGGUAACAUUAAGAACACAGAGCCGUUGGAUUCGAAGCAUCAGCGCGUUCACACCUUCUGGGUGACCGCCUUCGACUGCGGAAAGAACCGCGCUCAGGCUGACGCCCAGGUUGUCGUCACGGUCAAACCGUCCUGCAAACCCGGAUGGAUCGGGUGGACCAAGCGUGUAGAGUACACACCCGGGUCGGGAAGCAUCCCCCUGUUUCCCAGUUUGCAUUUGGAGACCUGUGAGGAGACUGUACGGAACAUCCAGGCCACCGUAGAGCUCCAGACCGGCCACAUCGGGAAGGGCUGUGACAGAGACAGCUACUCUGACAGAUCUGUGCGCAGACUCUGUGGUGCUGUCAGAGGUGAAGUCGACCUCCUCCCACCUCCGUCUCCUGCAGCCAACUGGACCUCGACUCUGCCCACUCUCCCCUCUUCUGAUUCAUCAUUGGUCUUCUCCUUCAACGGAUCCAACCACGUUGCCGUGGUGCCAGAUUCAGUCGUCUCCGCCUUGUCCGGCGAUCACUUCACCCUGCAGCUGUGGAUGCGAAGGGGCGGCGCCAACAUCCAACCCACGACCACUCAGACCAGAGGAAAUCGCAAAGAGGAGGAGACCAUCGUAUGCAGCACUGUCAAGAAUGACGACUCCUACUCCCACUACUCCCUGUCCGUCCACGGCUGUCGCCUCUCUCUCUUCUACUGGCCCGACGUCGCUGCUGCGCGGCCUGUCAAGUUCUUGUGGAAACUGGAGCAGGUGUGUGACAGCGAGUGGCAUCAUCUGUCACUCAGCGUCCAGUUCCCCUCAGUGACCCUGUAUGUGGACGGUGUGACCUUCGACCCGGCUCUCAUCCACGACAACGGAGCCAUCCCUAACCCCGCCCCCCGCCAGAGGAUGUUCAUCGGCGCCUGCUGGGAGCCCGAAGAGAAGCAGAGGGAGAUACUCAACAACACCAUUCCAGAGGGUAAAGACUCAGUGAAGUAUGUAGGUGGUUACCACGGCCUGUUGUCUGGGGUGACGGUGCGUCCCGGCAGCGUGGAGCCGCACAGUGUGGUGGAGUGUCUGUACGCCUGCAGGGAGGGGCUUGACUUUGGAGACCUGGAGACUCUGGGCUCUGGCAUGAAGGUUCAUGUGAACCCCAGCCAGUCAGUGUUGGUGCUGGAAGGAGAUGACAUCGAGAGCUUUAAUCGCGCAGUGCAGCAGGUCACUUACAGAAACUCUCUACGCUUCGCCACCCCUGGAGUCCGACCCCUCAAACUCAGCACCUCGCUCAGAUGUUUCAACGAGGAGAGCUGCCUGUCCCUCAAGCAGCUGGAGGGAUACCUGGUGGUCCUCCAGCCCGACGCCCCUCAGAUCUCUCUGUCAGGCGUCGGCCCUCAUCUGGCCCGUCCUGCCCCUGAGUUCGAAGGUCCCCGUGGUGUCCCCCUUUUCCCUGAGCUCCGAAUCGUCUGUUCCCUGUCCCACGCUGUCAACACUGCGGCACAGGGGAUGGAGGGUGGAGCGCUGAUGUCCGACGCCGUGGCUCACACCUUGGACGGCUGUGAGGUCCAACCACUGGGAGAGGAGCUGAACCCUGAGAGGGAAGAGCUUCUGGUGGACAUGGAUGUUGUGCGAGAAAGAGGACUGGAAAUCAUCAACACGACUGCCUAUAUUGCCAUCACAGGUGCCGAAUCCAUCUCUGUGUACGAGGACGUCCUUCGCUCAGUCCGCUACCGACUAGCCAAAGGAUCGGCCCGCUUUGAGAGGCGGUUCCGCCUGUCCUGCUCCGAGAUGAACGGCAGAUACACCAGCAACGAGUUGACUCUAGAGGUCAACUUCCUCCACUCUUUGGACAGUAUGUACCACCCGUCUCACCUGCUGGCCUCCCAGCAGCAGUUCCUUCAUCCAUCCCACCACGCUGGGGAGUUGAGUGGACACACUCUGCCCAAUCCACAUCGCAACUCAGUGGUACCAGGAGCAGCCACCGUCAUCAUAAUGGUGUGCGUGGGUUUCCUGGUUGUUAUGGUGAUCCUGGGCGUUUUCCGGAUUCGCUCCAUCCAUCGCCGUGGUGAGGGUGCCAGGGGCGGGGCUAAGGAGGGUAGCAGCCAGUGGGACGACUCUGCCCUCACCAUCAUCGUCAACCCAAUGGAGUCCUACGAGUCUCGCAUGGGAAUCUGUGCUGACAACGAAGGGGAGGGGGAGGAGGAUGAGGAGGCAGCAGAGUCACCCGAUGAGGCGAGCGACGACCAGCGGAUCAUCAUCAAAAAAGAGGGUAGAGAUGGCAACGCCCGUCGCUACUGAGCCACAUGUAUCUCUGCACCAGUUCUCAUGGAAACAACAAACCGGCUCACCAGUCACACACUCCAACACUUUUAAUAUCAACGACUGCUGACACCACUAGUAUAAGGAAUGUAUGCAUACAAACACUACGCACAACACAGUCACUGUAAUACUCUUGACACUCAACACCAUAUGUGACCUAUAGCCAACAACAGGCUGUUGUUCUUCACCUAAAUGUUCAAUGGCACAAUGUAUACAGUUAAUGUAAUUUAACCGCCUGAGCAAACCCCACCAAAUUGUAUGUGACGCACCAGUUCUAAAUCACACAAUGGUCAUGUGAUGUACAGUGUAAUACUGGUUGAAUGAGAUUUCUUUAUUUUGUUUUGUUUAAAAAAAAAGAAGAUUGUAUUCUAUCUUUUGUUAUAGAACACAGAAUGAAAUCUUUACAAAAUGAAAACUGGAACGACCCACAACAUGCAGGCCUCGGAUAGAUCAAAGACUCAGGCCUUGAUCCCGACAUGUCUUUUCACACCCUUGUUAGACUGACUCCAGAAGUCUGUGCACAAGCUCUUUUCUCCCUCUUUGCAUCCUCUCUUGACACAUUCCUCAAACAGAGUGAGGACAGUGAGGUCAGACAUUACGGUCACUCUCCAAUCUAUUUGCAAAACCUGAGGAAAAAAAUUGAAAGAAAAAAUGACAUGCUUGCAGGUAAUUUUCUUUUGAUAUUGUGACUUCUGUCGUGCUUCAGCUACCAAUUAUAUUUCAUCUGUUGCCGAUGAUAAGAUCUGAGGACUAUCAACCAAUAAACCUUGUCCUUUAAACAAGUUGGUUCUUCUGCAAAAUUCCAAAAACACUCAAUAGCGUCCUCUUCGUGUUGAGUCAGUGUGGUUUUUGCUUUUAAACUGGAAUCUUUGCAAGGAUUCAAAUUGGUCGAUAAAAUGGCAUUGACAGUAAAACUGAUGUAACAUGACCUCUGACCCCUCUCCCUCCUAGUGACCGCUGGAAUGUCUCUAAAUGACUCUCACUGCACAGUUUCACUCAACUGCACACUGCUCUUACAACAACUGCAGGACAUCACAACACACACACACACACACACACACACACACACACACACUCACACUCCAUGAUGCUACCCCUGCUGUCUCAAGAAUGUCAGCUCAGCUUGGGCAGUUUUGAUUGUAUCGAUUGUAAUAAAUUUUCUGUACAUACAGUGAUGGAUAUUACAAUAUUAUUGUUAUUACUAUUAUUAUUAUUGCAGCCACUCGUUCGCUUUUUCUGCACACUGAGAGGGAGCAGAUUAUGAUUUCUUUCUUUUCUAUUUGAGUAAUCACCUUUACUGCAUCAGAAAACAGUAUAAUGAUGAUAAUAAUAGUAGUAGUGAUAAGGAUGAAAAUUCCUGGCUUGAUGAGUGUCUCUUAAUUUGUGUGUAAUAUUGUUGUAAUUUAAGAAUUUGUCAAUAUCUGAAUCACAGAAAAAGGAGGGCACAUUGUUGUGAUACAUAGAUAGGUCAUGUCACUUUAUCUUUUACACUUCUGGGUGAUUUUUUCACAUUUUGAAACUUUUUUAAAAAUUUUCUAUUUACUUUCCACAUCCUAUACCUUUGGUUCAAUGAAUGUACAACUGUGUGCUUCUCUUCACCUCUCCCUCCUCCCUGUGCGUCUCUUGAUGUCCGUCUGUGUAGCCUAUCAAUGUGCAGUGCUAAACCUGUCAGUAAAUAAAGCCUGUUGUUUUUUGAGUGUGAUGUUAAGAAGGAAUAAACAUUGCAUCGAUUAAUAACUUAUAUUAUUACUAUGUUACUAUUGGAACAUUACCUGUAAUUAUUGAUACGACGAUGACAUGGAUUAUGCUGACUAAUUGUUAUUGAGAACUGUCAGAAAACAUUACAAAAUUCAUAAUAAAAACACUAUAUGACGUC